AUGACAGCGUCUCUGCUUCUCUCCUCGCGCUGGGUCGAGCCGGUGAUGUUCCUCUACGACAACGGCGCGGACGAGAUCAACAAAAACAUGGAAAACGGCUUCGCGGGAGGGAAUUUCGCCGCGAGCCAGUGCCGUAACCUGAUGGCGCACGCACCGUCUCUGGCCCCGAGCAGCGGCGGCGGCACCUACGCGUCGUCGGACGUGCCCCCCACAUCAGGCAUGAGCGACCCGGGGAAACAGUGCAGCCCGUGCUCCGCGGCUCAGAGCUCCUCGAACGCGUCUCUCCCGUACGGUUACUUCGGUAGUGGAUACUACCCGUGCCGCAUGUCGCACCACACCGGCGCCGUUAAGCCGUGCGCGCAGCCCACAUACGCGGAUAAGUACAUGGACACGUCGGUACCAGGGGACGACUUCCCAUCCAGACCGAAGGAGUUCGCGUUCUACCAGGGCUACUCUCCCGGACCCUAUCAGCCGGUACCGAGCUACCUGGACAUGCCGGUGGUACCAGCUUUGAGCGGUUCCGCCGAACCCCGACACGAGCCGCUACUUCCCGUGGACAGCUACCAACCGUGGGCGCUCGGUAACGCGUGGAAUAGCCAGGUGUACUGCGGGAAGGAGCAAGCGCCGUCCAGCCACCUAUGGAAGACCGCCAUGCCAGACGCGGGUCCCGGUGGCGGCGACGGUAACGGCAGCAUGCGCCGGGGCCGAAAGAAGCGCGUGCCCUACACCAAGGUGCAGCUACGGGAGCUCGAGAGAGAGUACGCCACCAACAAGUUCAUCACGAAGGACAAACGGCGACGGAUAUCGGCGCAGACCAACCUCACGGAGCGCCAGGUCACCAUCUGGUUCCAGAACCGACGCGUGAAGGAGAAGAAGGUCGUGAACAAGUUCAAGAGCAGCAGCUAACGCACGCGCGGCCUAAAAAGUCAGGAAGCGCGGGAGAAAAGGGACUCCGAGACACACACACACGCACACACUCUCUCUCUCUCUCUCUCUCUCUCUCUCUCUCUCUCUCUC